AUGUUAAAUCGACAAUCAUUAACGAUAAAACCUUGUAAUCAUAAUGAAUUAACACCAACAAAAAUACAACAUGAUUAUGUUUUUACUCGCUGGAUGGGAUCAUGGGAACAUCGAUUCUCAUUAUGGUCAAAUCGAUCAUAUUCCGAUGCAUUACUUGCUUAUAUUGGUAAAAUUUAUGGACAACAAGCAAAUAUUUAUCAUUAUUUUAAUAGAUUAUGGAAUGAAAGUUUAUAUAAUACAAUCGAUGAACUUGAUGUACUUAAUAUAUUAAUUGAAAGAUUAUCAAAAAUACCUGGUACAAAAGCAUCAUUACGUAAACGACAAGAAACAUCAAGAAUUGAUAGUCGUUUUGAUGAAUUAAAAUCAAUCUUCGAUAAAAAUUAUAAUACAAGAUUUAAAAUUUCAACAAAAUUUAAUUCAAAUGAAUUAAUUAAUAAAGAAUCAAUUAAUAGUUAUUUUGAUUUAGGUUGUGGAAAUGGUUUAAUAACAGCUCGUAUUGGAAAUUAUUUUAAUAUAAAUAAAGAAUAUAUUUUUGGUGGUGAUGUUUUUAAUAGUAAUAAUCAACAAAUAACAUAUGUAUCAAUUGAUCAAAAUCAAUCAAUUAUUCAUCUUAAUGAUCGAUCUGUUAAUUUAAUAACAUGUCUUGUUACACUUCAUCAUAUAGAAAAUAUUGAUAAUAUACUUAAAGAACUUGCACGUAUUAUACAACCAAAUGGUUAUCUUAUAAUACGUGAACAUGAUUGUAAAUUAGAACGUUCAAUAUUAACAAAGUAUUUACAUUUUAUUCAUGCUAUUAUGAUUAUAGGACAUAUAGGAGAAUUUAGUUAUGAUUAUUUAUUAAAUAAAAAUGAAAAAUUAACAUGGACAGAACAAAAAAAGAAAAUUAUUAAAUAUACAAAAUCAAUUCAAUAUAAAACACGUCAAGAAUGGCAAAAUAAAUUAGAAUUAGUUGGAUUCGAUUUAUUAGCUAUAUUUGAUUAUGAUUUAAAUAAAACAACAAAUCCUCAACGAUUAUUCUAUGCAUUGUAUAAACGUAAUGAUAAGAUAAAUUAA